AAGUUGGAAAACUAUGCUGAUCAAGACCACAAUAGAAGUGACAUUGAAAAUCCAAUCAACAGCUCUCAAGUUAUUACACAGAAACACAGCUCGGCUCAAAUUUUGGGGGCAAACUUCCCCAAUUCUGUGAGCCAAAAAUUGCAGGCUAUGCUUUGGAAAGUUCUUGAAUUAUUAGUGCCUCACAUAAAACAUGUCCAAAAGCAAAAAUUGAUCCAUUUUCAAGCAAUUCAACUGGUCAAAUCCUUUUGUGAGAAAAUCAGAUCUUCAAAUGACUCAGAGGUUUAUGAAAUAAUUUGCGAUGUAAUCCAUAUAGCUACAAGGUAUGGGAUUCAUGAGGUUGUUGAAGAGGUUGUUGAAUCAUUUCCUCAAGCAAUCUGGUCUGUGAACGAAGAUAAACAUAACAUAUUUGGACUGGCAGUUAUAUGUCGUUGUGAAAAUGUUUUCAACCUCAUAUAUCAAAUGAGCGGGCAUAAAAUAGCUAUGUUAGCCAUGUGCGACAGUAAUUCGAACAAUAUAUUGCACUUGGCUGGACGAUUAGCACCUUUUCACAAGCUCAAUCUUGUUCCAGGUGCAGCUUUGCAAAUGCAACGUGAGUUACAAUGGUUUAAGGAAGUGGAGAAGUUUGUAAUACCCCAUUACAAAGAGCUUUCAAACAAUAAAAAUGAAUUUCCUUCAAUGGUAUUUACCAACGAACACAAAAAAUUAGUAGAAGGUGGAGAAAAAUGGAUGAAAGACACUGCGUACUCCUGCACAAUAGCGGCAACACUCAUUGCCACUAUAGCAUUUGCAGCUGUAAUCAUUGUUCCAGGUGGCAUCAAUGGCACAAAUGGCGUCCCAGUUUUCUCAAAAGAAAACGCAUUUGUUGUCUUCAUUAUUUCAGAUGCAAUCUCUCUGUUCACAUCCACCAUGUCUCUAUUAAUGUUCUUGUCCAUCCUCACUUCGCGCUAUGCAGAGAGUGAUUUUCUUUAUGUUUUGCCUAAGAGGUUGAUAAUUGGUCUUGUUACCUUGUUCAUGUCCAUAACAACCAUGAUUCUAGCCUUCAGUUCCGCACUCUAUCUUGUGUUUGGCAACAAUAAGGAAUGGACACUUAUUCCAGUGGCUACAUUGGCAUGUCUACCAAUCACUUCUUUCGUGUCCUUGCAGUUUCCCCUCCUUGUGGAUCUCAUCUCUUCAACAUAUGGCCCUGGCAUUUUUGGCAAGCAAAGUGAUCGGCUUUUUUAUUAG